AUGUCGGAUGAUGAGGAAGGGCUGUUAAGAAUCGAUGAAAAUGCCGACGAAGAUAUACCGACAGGUUUUCAUUUUAAAACUUCUGUCCUAUUUCUGACCUCAUCGGUUUUACAGCAACUGGAUACCAACCGGCGUCGUCAAGUUCUUUUUCAAAGUUUUUUUCCUCAGUGGCAAGCCCAGCAAACACAAUAUCUAUGACAGGUAGAAAUUUUCAAUUCUUACCACUUUAAACUUGGACUGAAUAUUGAUUUUGAUUACGUAUCUGUUCAUUCAAACUAUCGAUUCUUAGUUUUUGUUGUAGAACUUCAUGAAUUCUCGUGAACUUUUUUUGUUGUAAAAUAGGAUUAUUUUUGAGUUUUAUUACCAUUUAUAUAGGAAUACUGGUUUAAAAUGAAUUUUUGCGGUUGCUCCACGAAGAUGAAUUUUGUGCAUUUAUUGAUGUGCAGUAUCGUAUUUUUAUCAAGUAGCCGAAAAUACACUUUCUGGAUGUGUGAACGAGCAAAGUUUUUCGUUGGUUCAGAUGACACGAAAGAGGAAGGAGAAAUCGAAGAAGAAAAUGUUUAUACGACACCUAAUACCUAUCGCCACAAAACUCCUGAAGCGAGAACUUCUGGUUACUCUUCAAACCCUUCCAAUUCACAAGGUUUGUAUCAAAAUUUUUGUUUUUUGAAAAUUUCAUGUCUCAGAGGAGCUUUCACGAGGUCAGAAAAAUAGCACUGUUGGGUUAAGUGAGAAGUUCAGAAAUGGAGAAUCAACGUGAGUUUCUAACUAUUCGUAAAUUUCAUUAGUUUUGAUUGUAAUUUUUCGUUUUCAGAAACAGCCCGGAAGAUUUCGACACCAAACAAUCUUCUGGGCGGAAAAGAAAAGAAAGUGAGUUAACUUUUUGGAAAUAGUUUUAUAUGUGUGUUUGAACGAAUUUUGUGAAUAACGCCUCCACUUCUCGUACUCAUUUAUGAUGCAGAUCGUACAGAGAAAGGAAGCAAGAACUUCCUGGAGCCUCCGAGCAGCGGGAGGUCGAAGCGGGCGAGCCACCAACUGGCCACCAUGGCUAUCACGGCCUGCUUGACGGACAGCGAGGAAAAUCCCUGCAAACUGCCCGUUGAAGCUAUCUAUCUUCCUAAAAAAGCCAAGGUUCAUAUUCAAUCUUUCUCUUGUCAGUAAGACCAGGUUUAUCAGAAAAUUAAAUAGAAGUAUUGACUUUUUUUUUCUGCUGAGAAAUCGCCAUUUUUCGACAAAAAUCGAUUUUUUCAAUUUUUUUUUCAGAAAGAUGCGAGUACAAACGUGAAACUAACUCGUGGUGUAGACACUUCAGACAUAUCUGAAACGACGAGUUUACUGGAAGCCCCGCCGGGGACAACUAUUUUGGUUGAGCUGCAAGUCGUCUGUAAAGCCGGCCGUGAGUUUAUUUCUGUUCGGUUUUUUUUUCUUAGCAUAACUUCUUUUCUAUUCAGUUGAGUGUUUCUGCAUUUGAAAAUUGGAAUAAAAUGUUCUUUUAAAGUUUAAAAAUCAAAAUGUUGAAGAAAAUUGAAAUUUUGAAUACAAAUAUGGAACUUAGGAACUCCAGAGUGGUCCCUAUAGGGGCACCUUAGGGACACUUUACCAACACCUAUAAGGGUCCACUAAAGCUUUCAAAAUUGGUCCCUAUAAAGAUUUUCAGUUAGUGGCCUCUAUGAGGGACAUGUCCAACCAUUUUUUUUUGAAUAAAAUUGAACGAUCCCUAUAGGGACCACUUAAGUUUAUGAGGCUAAAUGGUCAUACCCUCAAGUUCUAUAGGGACCACCUUGAUUUUGACUUUAUAGGGACGACUUUUUCGAUCCCUAUAGGAGCUGUUUUUCCCCCUAACUAUAUAGGGAUCACUCUAAACUUUAAAAAAAAGUUUCUUAUUAGUUUUGUAGUUAGAUGAUGAUUAAGAGCGAAACUUGUCCUUUUGCUUUUACAACCAUCUAUCAUCAUAAAAAUUUGCAAUAACAGAGAAAAAACUGUCAUUUUUCAGCGAAUUCUGUGUUUGUCACCUUGAAAAACGAGCAAUUGACGGGUGUUUUGUCUGACGGACAGCCUCCCAUGAUGGCAGCUUUGAAUCGCAAAAGGUUUUUUUGUCCUUAUUUUUUCCUGCUCUUAACUUUUCUUAUCUCAGAACUUUGGCCCCCAAUUCUGUCGACGAUUCGAAAGAAAGGUCAGUUCAAUUAUUUUUUUCGAUGGCUUCUGAAAGUUUUUAAUUUUGAACGGAUUUUCUGAAUGAAUACGGUUUCUGACUACCUUUUCAAUUUUUAAGGUUUUGAAGCAUCAUUUUUUCAGCCUCUAUUUCUAUGAUUUUUGCGAUAUUUUUUUUUUCCAAAUUUCGCCGUAUUUACAAUGACGAUAGUGAAAAAGAUUGGAGGUAUUCAAGAACAGUGAUUUGAGAAUAAGGGAACUUUUUCGGUCUUCAAAAAGAAACGCGAUUUUGGUCAUAAGUUUCUUUUAAGCAUUUCAAUUUUUCUGCAAGUUUCUGAAACUGCGUUUAUUUUUCUGUGAACUGAAACUUUCUGAGUGUUAAAAAUAACCGUCAUCACAACUCCAGAAAGUUUCAGAAAGAUUGAAUUCUUUACAAGAAAGUUGUGACCGAAACCCCGUUUUUUUUUUUCGGAUCUUUCCUGACGUUACUGUAUGUUCAAUCUUUCAUCCGAAUCACUUUCUGCAGAAGUCUGUCGGCGGCGAGCACGAGCAGCACCCCGGCGAAGGGAUUUCGCGCCGGAUCUCAGGUUCCCACCUCCACGAAACGCGGCGCACAGCGCAACACUUCGCUCUCUGAAAGUCGGCGAAAGCUGUCCUAUGCUACGAAAGAAGGUUUUUCUUCGUUCUUUCUCAAUAUGGACAUCGCUCUUCAGAGGAAGACGACGUUGACGUCACAGCGUGCGAUUCGACAUCGUAUGUGAAAGGGGACCUCGACCUCAUGGAAGUUGAUCCGUAUGUUUUUUUAAGACGACAUGUAAAAAUAUAAAAAAGUUAAGUAUGCGUCAAAAUUGAUUGUAAAGCACUUUGACAGGAUUCCUAAUUGACUAUUAUUUCAUUUGAUGUUUUGCUUUGAAAGAAUCGAAAAAUUGAGUCAACUGACAUGGAAAGUAAUUUUUCUUGGCUUUUCUGCAAAUAUGCUCAAAAACCCUCCGAAUAUCUAGAUUAAUAUCGCACAUAGUCUCUUUCUGUGCAAACUUCUAGUUUUUGAGAUAUUAUUUUUUAAAGUAUGCGUUUAACUCAGAAAUAGACCGCACAAGGAGGUCAUUUUAAUAUGCGACUUGGAAUUUUCUACAAUUUCGCUCUAAUAUACUCUGAAGGUUUAUAUCAAGAAUCAUCAAAGUUGCAACUCGCGCCAGCUUCUAGUUUUUAAGAUAGUUAAUUUUAAAGCUUGAAAAGUUAGCAUUAAAAAUUGUGUUUCACAACUUUGAAAAAUCGUAUCUCAAAAGCUAGAAGUUUGCGCAGGUAGCGAAUAUUGAAGAUUUUCAUCUAGACCUUCAGAGAGUGUUUGAGCAAAAAUUUAGAAAAAAAUGACCUCCCUAGUGAAGUAUAUAAGGUAAACAGUUUUCCAAACUUUUGCAAAGAUCAAUAAAGUUGAUUUUCUUGUAAACAAAAUCGUUUUCAAAUAGUAAAAAAUGUGUUUUGUGCAGACAGACAAUGCACCUUUGUCACUAUGACGGCUGUCAACACCGAUAUCCCUCUUCUUCCGAACUCGAGUACCACAUAACCAAGAACCACGCGAAAAAGAAGGUUCCUCGAUCGACUAGAUACUUAUCUCACAGUUUCCUUCCAGCUCGUGUACGAAUCAAUCUGCUGCCAGACCGAGGAGUCCUUGUUUGAUCGCAUUGAUAAGGCUACGGACAUUUCGGGACUAACGCCAGUCGAAGUAUAGCCAUCCGACGUAUCAAUCAAUCAUCACGACUGUUUUCAGACGAAAGAAGUCGUCAAGCAGCAAGCUACUGAAGACUUUUCCGAUCUCUCUGAUUCAGACGAUAAUCCUCCCAACUUGUUAAAGGUACAGGUUCGAGUUAUUGAAGCUAAAACUGAAGUUACAAAGAGAAAAAAAGCUUUAUAUGGUAUAGACGAAUCACGGCUAGCUUGGGACGCAAAAAGGCGUGGCCUGUCUGCACUCUCCAUCAACCACGCACUGUCUUUUCUCUUCGUGGCAGGACCCUUUUCUCAAUGGUUCAAGCCAGCCGUGAAUCAGCUAUAAUGUCCAGAACAGAAAAUAUUAUGCCGUGUUCAAAGUAAUUUCCGCGAAAUGCAAAAUACCCGUUAGAGAAAGGAAAAGAUCACUAAAUUUUGGAGAGUCAGAGAUCAUUUUGCAUUUCGCGGAAAUUACUUUGAACACGACAUUAGAAAUUUUUCGUGGGAAGCUUUACUGAAUGAGAAUCGCUGCGCGUCUUUUCACACAUGAGAAAAUCGUUUGUAUUAAUUAAUCUACUCAAGCAAAGUCGGAAUGGUGGAUCAUGGCCCCUAAAAUAGGAGAGGCUCAAAAAAAAAAGAAAGGCAGCAAAAAUAGUCCCUUUAUCGAGCCUUCCAUUUUUCUGGGAUUUUUAAGGCUCAAGAAAUGGUGAAAAAGGGCGAGGCAGCAAAAAUGGGGCAUAAAAGCUGAUAAAAUGGCGCAAAAAGGCAGCAAAAAGGAGCCUUUGUCACCCUAAAAGGAACAUUUUAUGGAUUAUUUUCCACCCUUUCCGACUUUGCCUAUGUAGAAAGGGUACUUGUGGACGCCUAGAAGGAGAUUGACAAUGUCCUUUUUUUCAGCAAGAGCAGCCGAUGAAGAUAAAACCCAACGUUGUGUUCACCAAAGAGAAUGGUGAGUUUCGUGAUGAAUCUGUUGAAUUUGUGUCGGAUUGAGAGCUGAAACGGUCCUCUUCUGCAUCAUCGAGCAAGACUUUGCCGCCCGGCAGCUCUGUCAUCGGAAUCUCCACCGGAAUGCCAUCAACGUCAGGAUCGGUCCCGCCGACGCUGGUGGCCGCCAUUCAGCCACGCAUCGGAUCUCCCCUCGACCCGCCCCCGACCAUUGCCUACUCAGGUUCCCGAUAGCCAUUGCGUAUCCAUUUAUGUUGUCUUUUCAGAACACAGACCGGGUCCGUCGAAUCCACAAAUCGGCUCCCGAGUCCCCACUAGCGUUCAGUCGCAACAUGUUCUCAUUGGUGGAUCUCCGAGAGGUUCUUUUUUAUUUUGAUGAACAAUUUUGAGAAAAGUUCUGAUGUUUAAGGUUUUUUCUUAAAUCCUCUUACUAUAUUCAUAAAAGCGACUCUUCAAAUAGGUUAACAGCUUUACUCGCAAGGCAGGUCUUUUUACUUUGCGUUUGAAAUUUUCCGAAAAACUUGCCAGGAUACAUCUACCACACUUUAAGUCCUGAACUGCAAAAAGUCCAUUAAAAUGAGCUGUUUUGGGGUUAUAAACCCUUAUUUUUGAAGAACUGCAGGUCGAGACUUUCAUUAUCUUCUUCUGGUACAUCCAGGAGUGUCCUGGUCAAUUUUUAGAAUAUUUCCAACCAAAAUGUGAAAUAACCUUCCUAGUCAGUUCCUAAAAGCGUUGAAAAGUGGAAAUAUGAAAAACUUGUUAUUUAUAGAAAAAUAUUCUUGUUGUUGCAAAAAUGUAACUUAUUUUUUCGCAUCAAAAGGUUAGUUCAAACAAAAAAAAUUUUACUCACUAGUCAGUAGAUUUCUUUUAAUUUGAAGUUCCGAUGUUAUUUUUUAUCACAAGUAUAAUGGCUUUUUUCUGACUUGUUUUGUAUCCAAUCAGUUUAUGGUGUAGAAAAAACUUUCUUGUUUCAAUUUUUUACUGUUUUUACAUCGUUUCGAAACAGUUUCACUUAGUCGUUCAGAAAAAAAAAACAUUCAUCAAUAUUCUGGUUUCAAAAAAAGCUUUAUGAGCACUGUAAGUUAGCGAUUCUAGUGAUUUUUCUAAGCUUUUAGGAUUACAGUAAUACAGAUCGAAAUCUAAAAAUUGCAUUAUUCGACUUAUUGCAAAAAGGUUUAAAGAAAUUAAGAAAGAAAAAGGGAAAGUUUUUUUAAAAUGAAAGAAGCGUCCGUUGUUCUAUUCUUUUUAUAAUUUCAAGUCGUUUCGCUUCAUUUUUCUUGUUUUUUUCUUUGAAAAAUAGAAGCGAAUUUUUCAUGUUCUUUAAAAACAACUCCUUUGAGUUUUUCUCUGAGAAAUUCCUGUGAGUUUUUUUCACAUAUAUUGGCAAAAAAAGUUUUUUUAACAAAUCUUUGGGAAAGAAUCUUUUUUUCACAGAGAUAUUAAGGUAUUUUCAGAUAUUUCAAAUUCUUGUUUUUAUUAUACAAAAAUUUACAAAUUACUUCUGUUUGACAGGAGCCAUUCAAAGUGGAGCUUCGCCUGGGAUGUUCAUUCCUACGUACCCCUACAUUCCGCAGUUCAUGCCGACGAUGCCUGGCUCGAGCUCUGGAAUGAUGAACGUGGGCCAGGGCGGCGGUGUGGCUCGAACGCCCUCUAGAGAUCACAAAAUACACGAACUCAAGGCGAAAGAAGGUUCAGGCGCUGUAAGGACAUCAAAUCAAAAGAAGUUCUCUAGGAGUUAUGAAUGACAAGAACGGAGGCGCCCAGAGAGGAAUGUCGUCGCCGGCGGCGGCUCCUCCGUCGACCUCGCUGGCGCCUCAGAACCCGCAGCAGGUCACGCAGAGGCCUCAGUUCAUGGGGCCGCCGCUGAUGCAGCAGACGUCAGCCAACCCCUCGAAUCCCAUCAUGCAGCAACUCCACAUGCAGCAGUUACAUCAGCAGAUGCAGCAACAGCAGUUGGCAGCUGUCAACCGUGGCUUUCAGGUCAGUUGAAACUAGUGGAAAGCUCUGGCAAUCAAACAUGGGAUAGGGUUCACGCUGAUCUGUAAAUAAAUUAUUACGUCCGAUUUUAUAGAAAAAGAUCAAACAUUCAUUUUGUAAAGUUCAAUUGAUUGUCUUUUUUUAAAGUGGUCGGAAAAAAAAUGUUUUCCAUUUUCGGAUUCAGAACAAUCGAAUUAGUCUAGUUCGACCUUUCAAUGUCAACUAGUGCAUGAAUAGGCUCCAGAGAAUGGCUCGGUUUUUCUUCAAAGGGGGGCGAUGGCUUGGCUGUUGCCAAUCAUGCUCAUCCCAUGUAUGAUUAAAAAGAAGUUGAAAAAAAUCAAUUCGGCAACUAUUGAUUGCGGUUUCCGACCAUUUAACGUCCUUUUUAUCUUUCAGCUUGGUAACCAACCGGACCUGAUCGCGGCGUUACAAGGUUUGUCCUAUUUGAGUAUUGCUCGAGAUUAUCGAAAAUAUUCCAGCUAUCCAACAACAACAACAAUAUGGAAUGUUCCCUAAGUAG